GAAUAUAAAAGACUAAAAAGAUAUCCUGGAAAUUACGGUCGAAAUAAGACAAAAUUUAACAAUUAUCACCUUCAAUAUAAGUGGUAUGACCUAAGCGGUAUGUCGUUUUCACUAACAAAACUAGAGAGGGCGCCCUUUCUACCCGCGCAAUUUGGAUACUUCCCUAAAAAUUCAUGAAAAAUAAACACUGUACAGGCCAAGAUGCCGCAAGAAUUUCACGUGGUUCGCUGCUACGCCUGCCAGAUUUUCCAAGUCCAGCAAGUAAAGAAGAUCUCUAAGUGGGUGUGCAAGAUGUGUGGGGAGAAACAGUCUCUCAAAAAGGAGUACGGCAGAGGUUCAGGUCAAGACUGCAGACGGCACGUUCAGAGGCUGAACAUGACGGCUGGGGAGUACGGAAAUGUAGGUCGUGGGACGCAGGACUCAUUCCAGGAACAGGGCCACGGCUUCGCCCACGGUAGUUUGGAAGGUGACCAUCGUACUCCUGCGGAGUCCAGACAGAAAUCCUGUUUUGAAAACCCGAAGCCAGAAACCUCUCUUUCAAGAUGGCAGGCGUUUGUUGCCGACGAUGACAACACUGACGAGAUAUCCACUCAAGAUGAUGACUUACUCCCUCAGCUGGGCAAUGCCGAGAUCACACUGAGUAGGCCGGUUCACCAGGGGAGAGGAGGGAAGAGGUACGGUGGAUGGAAGAGCAGAAGAAAGAGGAAGCGAGAAGAUUUUGAUCAGGAUAUCGAUGUCGACUCCAUGACAGCAAUCCAUCAAAACAGGAAAUCGCCCGUGUCGGCAACUCCACAAAAUAGGCCUGCCUUUUCCUGCAGUUCCAAGGCAUCCAGCUUUCAAGAUCGAGAGGACAUUUUCCCCAGUCCACCUAAGUCACUCCAUCGUCCACCGGAAACAGCACAACAGUUCUCCAAUGUUGCGGAUACCGACAGAGUCCAAACUGGGAAAGUUCAAGUGAAAAAUGGCACACCUGGACCAAACCGGAGCUGGAAUGAUAAAACAGAGGACACAGCUGUAAGAGAAGUUUCCAAGAAACACCGACCGGCAGAAACCGGCCAAAGUGCCACCAGCAAGUGGGGACAGUUCCUUCAGGAUUCUGAUGAUAAAAAUGAGGACAUCAUUGACAACCGAGGACCAGCAGAAUCUGGCUGUACUGCCAGCAGCGAGUGGGGACAAUUCCUCCAGGACUCUGAGGACAUAAAUGUUGAUGGAAAUGAGGACAUCAUUGACAACCGAGGACCAGCAGAAUCUGGCUGUACUGCCAGCAGCAAGUGGGGACAAUUCCUCCAAGACUCUGAGGACAUAAAUGAUGAUGAAAAUGAGAACAUGAUUGACAACCGAGGACAUGUUGCCAACCCAAUCUCUGAAUUCAAAGACACUUACCCCACACCGGCUCUUGUUCAUACCGCAGCAGUUCUGAGGGACAGACAAUCCACUGAUCAAAGUCAUCAUACUGAGGACCUUAUUGACAACAGAGGACAUGUUGCAAAAGACACCACACAACAAAUAGAGGACACUUACACUCCGUACGCUCAUUUGAAUUCCACCAAAUUUCCAAAUAACAGGCAAUCGACUGAUCCAAUUCAACCAGUCAUGUGCCACGAAACAUCUGUACAGGGUCAUAGACUUGACAGAACAAAGGCACAGGGUAGGAAAAAAGUUGCACAAAGCAGUGAAAACAAAAGCUGCUUGCAGACGGAACUUCAGAAAAAUGUGUUUUCCUUAGAGGAUGAGGACCUUCUCGAUGAGGUGUUCCAAGAAAACUGGUAG